AGUCGAAUUUGCAGCAUGGCGAAGAAGGGUGGGUACUACGCGGUGGCUGUCGGCCGCACCGCCGGCAUCUACCGGACGUGGGACGAUGGCGCCAAGGAGCAGGUCCACGGUUUCCCAAAUGCUCGCUACAAGAAGUUUACCACCGAGGCCGACGCCAUCGCAUUUGUUCAGCACCAUGGCAAGCGGCCGCGAUCGCCCGACGUUGAGGCGCCGCGGCAAGUGCGACCAAAGACAGAGACACGAUCGCUCGACGUUGAAGCGCCGCAGCAAGUGCGACCAAAGACAGAGACCAAGCUUUACGCCGUCGCGCAUGGUCGUUGUGGCGUCUCGGGCGUGUACACGUCGUGGGCCGAGGCCGCUCGUCACGUCCAGGGUUUCCUCGGCGCCAAGUACAAGUCGUUUCUCACGCGCGCCGAGGCCGACGAGUACAUCGCCACCCAUCGCACGAUCAAGGCCGGCGCGGUCGUCGUCGAUUCGUCGUUGCCGGAUCCCAAGAACCCGGCGACGCUUGUGGCCUUUUGCGACGGCAGUGCGAUCGGCAACGGCCAGAGCGGGUGCAGAGCGGCGUUUGCAUGUGUGUUCCCGCACCAUGAGGAGUGGGCCGUCUCGGGCAAGCUGCCGCCCGGCGCCAUUGCCACCAACAACCGCGCCGAGUACUUGGCAGCGCUCGAAGCCAUGAAGCGCGCGAACGUGCAAGACCCGGCGCAGACGCGGCCGCUGUACAUCUUCUCGGACAGUAUGCUCCUGAUCCAGUCGAUGACCGAGUGGCUCGGUGGCUGGAAACGCAACAAGUGGGUCAAGGCCGACGGCGAGCCAGUCAAAAAUGCCGAUUUGCUCCAACUUCUCGAUUCGACCCAAGGGGCGCGCUGCAUUCUGUGGCGGCACGUCAAGGCGCACACGCACAAGAAGAAUUGGGAGUCGGUUUGGAACGACAAGGUCGACAAGCUCGCGUGGUCCACGGCCAUGAGCUAACUGUCGGCUUUGCAUGUUGGCGAGGUUUAGGUUUACUAAUGGACACUGUCGUUGUCGUGUCGUCCGAGUCCAAUGAUGCAAGGCCUCGGGUGCCAGAUACGACGCACUUGGCUGAUCGCCCCGUGCUAGCGUCAUUGCACUGU